GGCUCAGUUACCGGAUUCAGAUUCGCCCUAGGUUUCGCGUUGGCUCUUCUCUCUGAACCCUGGGUCAAGCAGGCCCUAUGUCCACUCCUAGGCCUGCUACCCGGUUAAACUCAAGCUCCCGACCCCUUUCUGCUAUUUUUGUGGGGAAAAUAGAUGUGAAUAAGGAGCCUACUUCAACCGAGCGGACACUUCAACUUCCCUCGCCACCGCACACAAACUCGAACGACGGCGGAAGCACUGGUGACAGUGGGACUGUGGGCCGAAAGGGGCUUUCUCCAACUGGCAGGAUUUCACCAAAUAUGAGCCAUCGUGAUGAAAGGGGCAAACGCCCCGCCUCUCGAUCUACCUAUUAUGACGACGAAGAUGAGCUUGACGAAGUACAUGACCUGCCAAACGAAUAUGAUGAAGACCAUACUGCUCGCAUGUCAGACGACAGGCGGUCUACAGGGACUGGGUCGUCCGGAAGCGCUAUCUCCCGAUCCUCUGGGAACAGCAGCGGGGCUCUCUCGCGGGCUCGAACGCUAGCGGACCGGAACCGGAGAGUAUUGGACAAACUUGCAGCAAUAACGACAGGCUCACGAACGACAAGGCUCGCAUCGAUUUCUCGACAUCACAAACCAUUGACUCAAGAACUCUCAGCACCAACCACUCACACCUCACGCGAGGGUGGGGUCUCCCCUUCACCCUCUCGACUGUCCCUUAGCCACUCUCGCUCUGACAAGGAGUUGGUCUCUGGGUCUGAUACAGAAAAGGAACGGAUGUCGUCCGAUGACCACUCAAUCACCCCUACAACCGGUCCAUCUCGUUUGUCUGAAGGGAAGGAGAGUGUCAGGAGGCAUGCGGAUUCUGAUCCAUCAUCUUCAGAAACUCAUUCUUCAACGAUACGACGAUCAUUGGAUCUUCAUCAUGAGCACUCUUCCAAUAGCAAACCCUUACCUCGGGAUACUGAGGCAGAGGGAGAGGAGAGUCAGGUUACUUCAAGCUUCAACACAUCCCGCAACAAGCGAAAUUCUCGGCGAGCGCCAUUACCGUCGUCGUUCCGGGAUAGUUCACAUAGCCACGCUGAGACGGUGCGUUGAAUCCAUAAGCUUUGGGUGGGACGUUAAUUGACAUGGAGUUUUAGAGCUUUGGCUCAGCAUCACGAUCAGUUUCACCGGAAAUUUCCAAAUUAGAUAGAAGAUCUAACCCUCCUUCCACAUACCAAACCUGAUUCCCCCACCAAUUUCUUUCGUGAUCCGUCUCCAGUGACAAGUAGGACGGAUCGCAACACUCGAAGGUUUUCAACAGUACGGGAACCCGGCACUCGAAACGCAAGGACCCAUGGCCGUUACGGCAGCGAUGCCAGCAGCAGCACAGAUAUGUCUUCGCGAUAUCAGCGGAGAGGAGGUAGCGCGGAAAGUGCAAU